AUGCAAGAGAUCAACAAGAAUGCCCAUCUCUUACCCAACACAACACUGUCUUCCAUUUUCAUGCUCAGUUCUGACAAUGAACUGGGAUCCUGUUCUGGAACUAUGAAACUCCUUUUCUUGAAACAAAGGGACUUCCUGAACUAUAUCUGUGACAAGACCUACAAGCUAAUGGCCAUCAUUGGUGGGCUCACCUCUCAUAACUCCAAGCAAAUGCCACACAUCUUAAAUAUCUACAAGAUGCCUCAGCUCAGUUACACCUCCUUUGAACCUGCAUUGAGUGAUAAAGUACAGUUCCCUUCUCUCUAUCGAAUGAUCCCAAAUGAUAGUCCUCAAUAUGUUGGGAUUGUGCAGCUCCUUCAGCAUUUUGGGUGGACCUGGACUGGUCUUUUUGUUUCAGAUGAUGACAGCGGAGAAAUGUUAUUAAGGACUCUCAUUCCUCAGCUGCUGCAGAACAAUAUUUGCAUUGCUUUUAAGGAAAUUAUUCCAAUACUGAAGGAGCCUUGGAAAGAUACAGCUGAAAAUAAAAAAAUAACGGAAAGAAUAAGUUUUAUUCUCUCAUCAACUGGAACCAAUGCGAUUCUUGUUCACGGGGAUUCACAGUCUAUGGAGAGCUUACGGAUUGCUCUUGUUUCACAUGAAAAUUAUGAAAUGAAACCAAUAGAGAGAGUUUGGAUCAUAACAGCUCAGUGGAAUUUUGCAUCUGUCCACCAUAGUAAUGCAUUCACACCCAAAACCUUCAAUGGCACCUUGUCCUUUGCACUCCAUACUAAUGAUGUGGUAGAAUAUAAAGAGUUUCUUGAGACCUUAAAUCCUAAUCAGUCUAUGUUUUUCAUGAUACAACAUUUCUGGUCUAGUGCAUUUGGGUGUUCAUUACCCAAAUAUAACCUUUAUCAAUCAGAUGCACAAAUCUGUUCUGGGGAAGAGAAGUUGAGGAGCCUCUCUGAAACUGUGUUUGAAAUGGGGAUGUCUGGUCAGACCUAUAGUGUCUACAAUGCUGUUUAUGCUGUAGCACAUGCUCUCCAUGCCAUGCUCUUAUCUAGAUCUCAACAGAAGGCAAUGAGAGAUGGAGCCAUAAGUAAUCUCAAUGUUCAUCCAUGGCAGCUUCACUACUUCCUGAAACAUGUCUGCUUCAACAACAGUGCUGGGGAAGAAAUAUUUUUUGAUAAGAAUGGCGAGUUGGCAACUGGAUAUGAUAUUAUCAAUACAAUCACAUUCGCCAACCGGUCCAUCCAUAGGGUUCUUGUUGGAAGGAUGAACCCACAGGCUCCUGAAGGGAAAAAGUUCACCAUCAAUGGAAUUGCUAUUGUGUGGAAUCACAAGUAUAACCAGAUUCUACCCCGCUCCACGUGUGUUGAGAAUUGCCAUCCUGGACACAGCAGAAUUGUGCGACAGGGAGAACAGAUUUGUUGUUAUGAUUGUCCGCAGUGCUUGGAAGGAAUGGUUUCAAACCUGAUAGAUGCAGACCAUUGCAACAAGUGCCCUGAGGAUCAGCAUCCAAACAAGAACCAGGAUCACUGCAUCCCUAAACAUAUAAUCUAUCUAUCAUAUGAAGACCCCUUGGGAAUGACUCUGGCUUCAUUUGCUCUUUUCAUUUUUCUUAUUACUCUUGUGGUAAUGUGGAUCUUCAUUCAGCACCAGAAUACUCCCAUUGUCAAGGCCAACAACUGGAACAUCACAUGUACCCUCCUCACUUCCCUGUUGCUUUGUUUUCUAUGUUCCUUCUUGUUCAUUGGACAUCCUAGGAAGUUGACCUGCCUUCUCCGCCAAACAGUGUUUGGGGUCAUCUUCUCCCUUGCUAUUUCUUGUGUGUUGGCUAAAACCAUUACUGUGGUCCUGGCCUUCAUGGCCACCAAGCCAGGAAACAGAAUGAGGAAAUGGGUAGGGAAGAGGCUAUCAAUCUCUGUCAUUAUUCUCUGUACUUUUAUUCAAACUGGCAUCUGUGCAGUGUGGCUGGCAACCUCUCCUCCCUUCCCAGAGUAUGACAUGCACUCCCAGACUGACCAGAUCAUUGUGCAAUGCAAUGAAGGAUCAAUCACCAUGUUUUAUACUGUCUUGGGCUACAUGGGGUUUCUGGCCAUCAUCAGCUUCACUGUGGCUUUCUUUGCCAGAAAGUUGCCUGAUACUUUUAAUGAAGCCAAACUGAUCACCUUUAGUAUGUUGGUGUUUUGCAGUGUUUGGUUGUCCUUUGUCCCAACCUACCUGAGCACCAAAGGGAAAUACAUGGUGGUUGUGGAGAUCUUCUCCAUCUUGGCCUCUACUGCUGGAUUACUGGGUUGCAUCUUCAUACCCAAAUUCUAUAUUAUUGUACUGAAGCCUGAGCUGAACACUAGAGAUCAGCUUGUAAAGAAAAAGAAUGGCAUUAUCUGA